CGUCCUACUUUCAGAGACCUUCUCAAAACCCCCGUGUUCAAGUCGCUCUUCCUCACCUUUGUUUUCGGGACGGUGGUGGUAGAUGUCAUGAAAGGAAGAAGGGCUCUUGAAGAGAUUAAAAGCAACCACGAAGCCAAGUUUGGCAUCUUGGAGGAUGUUAUUGCCAAGUUGAAGAACGGUGAGAAGGUAGACAUUGCCAGAGAACUCAAAUUGGCCAAAACACUCUCGACGAAAGAACAGCGCGAGAACGAUAUCGAGGUCGAUGAACAGAUAGAAAACUGGUUCAAGAUGCUCGAUAACGACAAUGUGAAGCCGGAGAAGGAGGAGUUAGAUGCUCAAGUGCAUUUGACAGUGGAGCCUCAGGUUGAG